UAUUUCAAGACUUGUUUUGCAGAGGGAUUUUCAGCCAGAAGUUUAUUUUAAGAACUUGACCCUCAUUUGACAGAGUGGUGAAUGAGAAAUUGAUAUCCUAUUGAUGAAAUAUCAGGGGAAAAUAGAACACGUCUAAGACUGAAGGGAAAUUUUAUACCCUAUGAUAAUGAUGCCUUGCUGCAAUACUUUUAAAGAUAAGCUUAGUAUACCUUCAAUAAAAAACACUAAAAAAAAAAAACCCAUGAAAAUUUCAAUUAUUUUCUUCAAAAUUGUAAGUUAUAGACUCAGUUUAUGAUAAUUUUGGGUAAAAUGUAUACUCAGUAGUAUACCAGGCAUCAAAUACCCAUACAUAGCCCUCCGAGUCAGGAUAACUUUUAAACCCAAGAGGUCAUCAUUUAUGCCCUCUUUUUAAGCCUGCCCUUAUAAUUUUAAAGGCAAAAUCAGGUCAGUUUUAGAAACUAAACCAAGAAUUAAGCUGGGAUGUCAAUAGUAUAUGAGCUGCUUUAAGCAGAGUUUGGUAGUUGAAGUAGUUGCAAUGAGCAGUCAGUCGAUUCAGGACUUGCGAUGGUUUCAGUUGAGGACAAAAAAAAUUACAGAAUAACGUAAUUUAAGCUAAUAUGAAGCUGCUUCUUACCUCAAGAUUUGACAAACCACUUUCUUCUUAAUUAUACAGUUAGACAUGAUGACAGGUAAGUAAGCUUAAUUCAUGUACUUUUGCUGUGUCAAGAAAGCAACAUUUACUUGUGUAUAAUUUAGAUAGGAAGGUGUAAAAAGAAUAUAAAUAUGUCUUAGGAGUAAGCCUAUGGAUAUCUGCCAUUUUGAUACCUUGUAAAACUUAGAUCAAGUGAGACUGGUAUCUACCUUGUAUUUGAGCAUAAUUAUAGUCCUGUGGCAUUGUUGGGCAGCAAGGACGACUAAGUGAACAACAUGAACAGUCUUUAUUUCUAAACUCGAGCAUGAAAGUCGCAUAAAUUUCUCAAGGUCAUGCAAGAAUUGCUUUUGGGUAUAUAAGCCGAACAAUAAAACAGCUCAUAGAAAAAACUCGCACUCUCACAACCUUGUUGUUCCUUUUAUUUUUUCAACCACUUGCUCACUACCUUAUUUGGUAGUACUGCUGAAGAUCACUAAACUGUGAGGGGUGGGCUUGGCUAAACUUUCGUACACAUAGUUAAUCAAGGGGCCCUUAUAGUAAUCAUUCAUAGCUAUGCAUCGUUAUGUUCUGUGUGUGAUUCAUUUCUUGCUAUGUACUUGGUACACUAAUGGGCAAGGUAUGAAGAACGAUGAUGGUAGUUAUACUUUUGCACCUGAAACCAUCCAAGUGACAGAAAAGCAGCAUAACUUGACGGUAAAGAGUGAUAUGUUAUUCUUGAACGAGACAGUCUUUAUGGAAAGAGUUCAAGUUUAUGCUUAUACGCAACACAGCGGAGAAACAAGUAGAGGCAGACUCAUUUCUCUUCGUCUCAAUUCUGCUGGAGUGUCUGAGGCUAGAGUUAACCUGAAAAGGGUGGAGGAAUUGAAUUUGAUGGAUGCUGAUUUGACUUUGACAUCUCAAGUAAAAGUUAUGUCAAUCAGCGAGGUGCAAGUUCAUACACACUUCAAUCUUCACCUCCCAAAGAUGGCACUUGGAGAAAGUUCUGUCAUUAUACAUGCCCUUGUUGUUGUUUUGACUACUCACGACAAAAAUAAUACAGGAUACAACCAUGACCAACAUUUUACUGUGAAUUACACAAAGGUUGAAGUUCAAAUACCAACACCUACAGUUGUUACACACACAGCUGGCUCUUCAGUUAAUGAAAGCUCUGGAUCAGCGUUUGAGCCAACAAGUCAGCUGGAAGACAAUGCAACUACAGGAAUGGGUAGUUCGAGCAGUCUGGCUGUGAAAGUAGCUGUACCCAUUGCUAUUGUGAUAGCUGCUCUAAUUGCUUGCAUGGUUUGGUACAAGUAUGGAAGACGGCACAGAUGUGGAAUUUGCUGGAAAUCUCACCAAUAUGAUGAUGGGCUAGUUUAAAGUUCAAUGUUAGUUUUAAGUGAAAGAAGAAGUUCCACCUGUCCAUGAAAAGGCAGUUACUUAAAAAUGCAAAAGCUCACUCCAACCAAAUUAUAGUUAAAUAUACCAAUCAGGGGAGCAGGUAAGGUGCAGUGGUGAGAGCGCUUACCUGGGUUUGAUGUAUGAUUCCUGGACCUGACAUGUGUGAAUUUAGUUUGGUUAUUGUUCUUGCUCUAGUUUUCCUUCCUCCACAAAAGCCAACAUUGCAAAUUCUAUUUAUUUUACUUUGUAAAGUCAUCAUCCUGUAAACUUGUGAAUAUGCUUCAAAUCUUUAAAAACUACACUACACCUGUAGGUUAACCCUUAAUUUUUACACCCUAAAACUUCAGUAUGCAUAUUCUCCAUAAUUUAUAUACUGUUAUAUUUUACACUCUAUACUGUUCUCUAUAAAUUCCCAAAGGCACAAAUGAUAAGAUAUUUUUAAUAAACUUCUUGUAAAGAAGAGUUAAUUUAAAAAAAAAGUAUGAUAAAAUUUGAAGAAGUAAUUUAAUAUAUCAAGUUGCUUGAUCAACUGAUAUUGAUAAUAAAAGUUAUAACAUUGGUUGUUAUAGAAAUAUUCCCCCUCACAUUGUUGCUUCUGAGAUCAGGAAAAUUUGUGGGGAAAAAGCUCAAUGAAUUUUAUGCUGAAUCAGUAAAUUUUUAAAAUGAUAACAAGUCAGGAACAUUUGAAAUUUUAACACCACCAGUUAAACACAUGGACCACCAAUGACUGAAAUUAUACAUUUUUCAAUAAUCUUGAUCUCGAUGUUGUAUUUCUGUCAUUGAUUAAUAAAGGCUAAUAUGUUUCACUCUUAUUGGCUCCCACUCUGUCUCUUUAUCAUUUUGGCUAGACCAUAAUGCAGUUGUUUUUUCAGAAGGGAUUUCAAGAAAUACUUCAGUGAUUAGAUUUUAAAAAAGGGGAAAAGAGGAGACUGGACACUGCUUCACUUGUGUCCCAACCGAAAUCAGCAUGAGAAAUGACAGCAUACCCAAGGGGACAUCAAAGAGUGGGUCGUAUUUGAUGGAUCUAAUUUCUAAACCUUAGACUUGGUAUUUGUCCACAUAAGCUUUGUUGCAUAUUGCCCCCUUCAGAGAGGAAUUAUGGCUACAGCCCUUUGUGGUAUUUGACAAAGUUUGAUUAUAUAGCUGAUGGUUUUUAGCAUACUGGUACUUAUACAAAUCCCUAGCUAGCACCUUCAGGGAUACCUUUCCAAAGCAAAUAGACAAUGUACAAAAUUAUGAAUGUCAGCUUGCAGGCUAGUUAUAGCCCCUUUGCUAGUUUUUGAUAAAUCACGCUGCCUUUAACUCACCCCCCUUCAAUAAUUAUUUUUACCCAGAGCAGGUAAAGAAUUGAUUGACAUUUCUCUUGUUUUCAUGUAAGAGUUGUGCAAAAGUUUAUUUUCAAAUAAGAAUACUCCUACUUAUGCCAAAAAGACUAGUAACUUUACUGCUACCUACACUAAUUCCAACUUCUUUAAAAGCUUACUGAGUUUCAUGCACCCAAUGGGCUCAUGCAAUUUUGUUGUCUUUGAAAAUUGAAAAAUUGACUCUUGCUUAUAUACAACAAAUUGCACUACAAAGCUAUGUAAUUAAGAAACGGACAGUGGUUUAGCAUGAUCUCUAUCAGUUAUCAACAACAAUAUUUGUCAUCACAGAGGUCAAAUGUUGACUCACUUGGCAUGCGCCUCAUGAGUCUGCAACAAAUUCUUACCACUGCAAUGACAGAUGUUGUCAAUAAGAGUGCAGAUCCAGUGUAAUCACUGUGGAUCUGUUUUUUAUCACACUGACAUAAGCAGCAGUCUGUACUCUUAUCAACAAGGGCUAAUUGGCUAUAAUCAUAUUGUUCUUACUUCCAAUUGUGAUUAAAAAGGUUUAAGAAACUCACAAUCUACAGCUACUCUUCAUAACUUAUAAACAUAUUAUCCUCUUUAAAAUUAGUUAUUGAAUUCUUUUACAUCAAAAAAUGCAUUGCAUAUGGAGUACAACCAUGCCUGCUAGUGCUCUUAUAUUGCUUGUCAUGUUCCUGCUGCAUCAGGUAACAAAUAUGAUCUAACAAACAGGAAUGCAUAAAAACCAAAAAUAAUACAACUGGGAAGCUGACAGGUGCAUUGAUUCUUGUUGUAGUCAUCAUGCAAGUUACCAUAUUUCUUUACAUAAGUACCCAUGCAAGUGCUUCAUUAAAAUUUUGGCAAAAAAGGGGGGUGCUCAUAGGAAAAAGGGUGCUUAAUCAAGGGGGGUGUGCAGCAAUGGGAAAAAAUUAAAAGAACAGAUGAUACAAAUACAGAACUCUUCAAACACAUGGAGAUAGAAAUGAAUAGAAUGGGAACAAAUGUAUUCUCCUGUACUGAUUCAAUUAUAGGUGAAGCUUAAAAGGUUGUAAAUUAUUUGGUAAUGAAAUAAGGUUUCCCUUAUAUCCCUACUAUUCAUGAAAGUGAGGAAGGAGGGGGGGUGCUAUUUCAAGGGGGGCACUUGCUUGGCCUUUUGGCAUAACAGUUGGCAUGUAUCUGGGGAAAGGCUCUUAAUAGAGUGUGGGGGCUUAUUCAAGGAAAUAUGGAAACUUGCCAAACUUUUUAAAUAAACCACCAUAGUAGAGGAACUAUUGACAAAGAUGUCAACUUUCCUGAAAGUAAAAAGAAAAGUACUCACAUUAGUAAGCAUGUUGAUUAUACUCACAGAAAGUUAACGGAUUACAGAAUUUAUUUUCUCAGAAUAAAGGAGAAAAGUAUCACUGAACAAUAC